AUGGUGCUGAAAAUCAGUUCAAAAUUUGAAGUGAGGCGAUUUUGCCGUACAACGGGUGCUGUCGCAAUGUUGAAGCUUUGCCAGCCUAACCCAGAUGAUCUGGGAUAUGUGACUCUGUCUCGGUCGAGGAAAUUGCUGGUGUUAGGGUAUGUUAAAAAUAUUUCCAUGGACAUCAGUGUUUUCAGAGGCAAGGUCAUUGAUGUAAUUGCAGCCAACACGAAUGACAUGGGGCCUUUGAGCCUUGAUUUCUUCAGAAAAAACAAUUUGUCAGCUUCAUGGAAAGUCAUUGGGGAAAAGACUUCAAUUACAGAUAAGAUAAAUUUUACAGCUGUAGAUACUAGACAAGAGACACCUAAGGUUAAAGUGGAUGUAUCUUCAGGUGGUGAUCAUGCUCAACUUGUUGAUCCUGCAAAACUAGCCCGACGGGUCACUGUUGUGAAGAACGAAGAAGGUGGUAACUCUGUAUCUACUGUACUUCUACGAGGGAGUAUUGACAGUAUAUUAGAUGACCUGGAAAGAGCAGUUGAUGACAAAUUGAACACCUACAAGAUGUCCAAACCGUUGGAAUUAGUAUGCUAUAGCCUACUAAAGAAACAAUGGUUUUGCAUAUUGGAUCAGUAUGCUAUAGCAAAAUUUGCCGAAAGCUUUGAGAUGGUGCCUCAAACGCUAGUUGAAAAUGCUGGGCUUAAUGCAAUGGAGAUCAUAUCUUCUCUAUAUGCUGAACAUGCAUCAGGAAAUACCAAAGUUGGCCUCGACUUGGAGGAAGGCCGUUGCAAAGAUGUGUCAACUCUUAAUAUUUGA